GUCAAAAUUGUUUCCUUCUCAGUUGGCUUCCAUCUUUCUCUCUCUUUCUUCCUAAAAUUACAUACCAAUAGGUAUCAAAAAUGGGCCGGUACGCUCGUGAACCCGAUAACGCAACCAAAUCCUGCAAAGCCCGUGGCUCCAAUUUGAGAGUACACUUCAAGAACACCUGUGAAACUGCCAAUGCGAUCAGGAAAUUGCCUCUAAAAAGGGCACAGGCCUACCUUAAAAAUGUAGUUGCCAUGAAGGAAUGCAUUCCAUUCAGAAGGUUCAACGGUGGAGUAGGUAGGUGUGCCCAAGCCAAGCAAUUUGGCACCACUCAGGGUAGAUGGCCAAAGAAAUCUGCCGAAUUCCUUCUUCAGCUGUUAAGGAAUGCCGAAAGUAAUGCUGAUUACAGUGGCUUGGAUGUAGACAGGCUUGUUGUUGAUCACAUUCAGGUAAAUAGAGCAGCCUGCUUGAGACGUCGUACAUACCGUGCCCACGGUAGAAUCAACCCAUACAUGUCUUCACCAUGCCACAUUGAAUUGUGGUUGACCGAGGGAGAGUCCAACCCUGAACCACCGAAAGCGGCUGGCAAAAAGGGCGAGAAGGUGAAGAGGACAAAACCUGUCGCAGCAGCACACUGAUUUAUUUAUUUUGUUUAUAUGACUUACAUAAAAGUUUUUGAAAACUUUCACACACUGCUGCUGUUAAAUUUGUUAAUAUCAAUAAUAAAAAGUUUUUAAAAACUUU